AUGACCAGCAACGAUGUACGAGAUAUUCUCGAACUUCACCACAAACCUUCAAGCUCAACAGACAGUCUUGUACCGAGUAAAAAAGCAAACAAGUCUGAAAAAGAAAGGAAGCCUGAGGGAAUACCUCGAGAAUUAUUCCAGUUAAUAGGUGGUCCACCUCCAAUAGCUUUUGUAAAGCCAGCUUUUAAGGCAAAACCAAAUUUGCGUAAAAAGGCUGUUCAUUGGGAAUGGCAAAGUUUUAAUAAUCAAGGACGAGGACAAGAUGAUCAAUUGACGCUACAACACUGGGUCAAAUGUACACCUACUUCUGAAUCCGAAGAUUCUGGAUAUUGGUUUGCCGAAUAUAACAAAAAAAUUGAUAUCUUGAAAUAUGAUGAUGAAGAGUAUGAAAAAUAUUUAACAGAUAAAGAUUGGACCAAGGAGGAGACAGAUUAUUUAUUUAGCCUAUGUGACAAAUACGACCUUCGUUUCAUAGUCAUUCAUGAUCGGUACGAAUAUAAAGAUCGAUCAAUGGAAGAUUUAAAAGACCGAUAUUAUUCAGUAUGUAAAAAACUUUUACAGGUGCGCCCACCUGAGGGUAGCGAUAAGGGUGCUUUGAUUGCAAUGAAUACUUACGAUAAAGCCAAAGAGGAAAAAAGGAAAAAACAUAUGUGCGCAUUGUACCUUCGAAGUCCUGAGGAAAUUAAGGAAGAAGAAGCUUUACUAGAGGAAUAUGAACGAAUUGAACAGAAUGAAAAGAAAUUUGCCAGAGAACGUGAAAACCUAUUGAAAUUACUUAGCUUUCAAGAACUUGCUCAGCCUAAGCGAAAGAAAUCACUUCUCAGUGGGCCAACAACUCCAACAAUGGAAGUUGGGAGUUCAAACUUCCAUACAUCUGCCGAAAUGCCAAAAAAGAAUCGUCGUACAUCGGCUUCUUCUGUUGGUUCAGCUGUUAUAGAAGCUACCUUCUUACGUUCAUAUAAAAUUUGGGAAAUUCCCCUACGUUCAUGGGUAGUUACCCCUAUUACAACUAUGCUGCAUGUUAUUCACAUUCUACCUGCUCAAUCUCCAGCAGAAGUUCAUAAUACCCCAAUAACGGCCCGGAAAGAGAAGUUUCCGCAGGGUGUAGUAGUAAGAAGUAGCAAGAUCCCGUUACCCAAGCAAACAAUGAUAAUUAAAGUACAAAAGACAUUACAAGAAUUUGGAUUAGGUCCACGACCAUCAAUUCCCACUGAAACAGUAUGUGCACGAUGGGUUGAUUUACAAAAAGCUAUACAAACACUAUUGGAUGUUAAAAAAGCAGUUGAAAAGGCUGAUCACGAAUUGAAAGCUAAAAAAGCAUUACUUCAAAAGAUAAAACAAAAUGGGUUGGGAAAUGCAUCCAAGUCAACAAAUGCUGGUGAUGCUGGAGGAAAGCAAUCUGAUGCUGCAACUAGUGUUACCGGUGAUGGUGGUGGUAGUGACGAGAGUAAUGUCCCGGCUAAGAGGGAACGGAUAACUUUAACUACUACACCACGAGAUGCUAAACGUGCUAGAAA